AAAGCUAUAUUGGUUUUAUCCUGACAUUAUAACUGCUUUGAGAAAAUUCAGACAAUAAUCAAUUAAGCAUACUUAUAUGUAUUUAACAGUUGUAGGGAAUGUACAAAACAGGGUUUUUAUCUAUCUAUCUCAACAGAUUCAUUGUUAUUGUCAACAAAGAGAACAUCAUCUUUAAAGAACAUAAAAAUAUGCCUGUGAUAAAGUAUAUCAGUGGAAUUUAAAUAACAACUAUCACCAACAUGAAUUCUUCGGACACUGAGCUGGAUACCAAUGUUGGAGCAGGAUAUACAAUUAUAUUAAUAUUAACAUCAUUUAUUAUUCUAACACUGAACGUACCAAUUGUUGUACUACUGGUAGCAGGGAAAUUUCUUGGAAAGUCUAUUCGAAACAUACACAUACUAAGCUUGAGUAUAUCAGACACGCUGGUCGGAAUCAAUGUUAUACCUAUAUCUAUUAUUCUUAAGUCCAUUGUACAAGGAAACCCACCAUCUUACCAAGAAUGUUGGUCAAGGAUGUGCCUUUACCUAACAUGUUUAAUUGCAUCAUUUUUUCAUGUACUUUUCAUUUGUUUAGACAGAUGUGGAACUAUAUUACGUAAAAGUUUAUCGUCUAAAAGGAACACCCGACUCAGAUUUUGUGCCAUGGUUCUACUUUCCUGGAUCUGUGCAAUAACAAUUAUUGUUGUUCCUUUCUCUGUCCUGAAAAAUGACCGGGAGAUUCCAUACUGCUCCAUAUCUACUGUUUUUAAUCCUGAACAAGGAGCCAUAGUCUUAAGAGUAUGGUCUCUCCUUUUUCUUCAUGGUUUUAUUCUAGCAUUUGCAGCCUGUGUAUGGAUGGCAACCAAAAUAAUAUCUGUAGGAGUUAAAGUGGUUCAGCCACCAGACAACACUACUGAAUUUACACAGACAACUUCAAACAUUCAUAUCAUUCAAGUAGCACCAAUGAAUGACAUCCAAGGAGAAGAAAGGGGGUCAAGUACAACCCAGAAAAGUACUAGCACAAGUAGUAAUCCAAGACAGAUCAAAAUAUCACGAUCGCAAAAAAGCGCCAUAAAAACAAUUUCAUUGCUGGCAUUAAGUAUGAUGAUAUGUUUGGUACCAAUGAAUAUCAUGAUCUUAGUGGAGGGAUUCUAUGGAUUCUCCAUUUUUUCUUCGAACCAAAGACAUAUUAUUAUUUAUAUCGCUAGUGUGAAUUCUGCAAUCAAUCCUAUAAUCUAUGCAUUCAGAAUUCAUGAAGUUAGACAAACCAUAAAAUUACUCAAACAGAAGAUCAGCUGUUGUCAUAUUUAUUGUGUUUAUCAGGAUUAA